GUCAUAAGAAGGCUGACAAAGGACAACCAAGACAUUGUGAGAAGAAGACUGUCUCAGAAUUGUCCACUCAAGGACUGAAGCUCAUAGAAGAAUCACCCAGCCAAAAGAAUCAAGAAUCACGAUGGAUCUUCUUCCUACCUUAUCCAUGGAGACAUGGUUCAUGCUGGUGCUUUUGACGGGACUUCUUCUGCUGUAUGGCGUUUGGCCAUUUCGAGUUCUCAGCAAUUUGGGGAUUUCUGGUCCAACCCCAUUGCCCUUCUUUGGGACGGUCUUGAAUUACCGCAAAGGGUUUAUAAAGUUUGACACCGAAUGCUACCAGAAAUACGGGAAGAUCUGGAGACUUUACGAUGGCCGUCAACCUAUUAUUGCUGUAUUGGAUUCUGCAGUUAUCAAGGCCGUCUUAGUGAAGGAAUGCUACAGUACUUUUACCAACCGGCGAGCUUUCCCCGCACCAGAAAUCUUAAAAAAUGCAGUCUCUAUGACCCAGGACGAACAAUGGAAGAGGAUUCGCACUGUACUCUCUCCGACUUUCACCAGCGGGAAGCUGAAGGAGAUGUUUCCCAUCAUUAAACACUACGGGGAGAUUUUAAUUCAAAAUGUUCAGAAGAAAAUGGAAAACGAUGAGCCCAUAGAUGUGAAAGACGUCUUCGGCGCCUACAGCAUGGAUGUGGUCACCAGCACUUCAUUCGGCGUAGACAUCAAUUCCAUGAACAACCCCAAAGAUCCUUUUGUCAAGCAGAUCAAGAGGCUCACCAAAUUCAGAGCUUUCGAUCCACGGAUCAUUGCUGCAUUUAUGUUCCCCGCACUCAUGCCAAUUUUGAGUGCAUUGGACCUCACCGCUUUUCCGAAAGCAGCUCUGAACUUCUUCUCCAAAUCUUUUAUAAAAAUGAAGGAAUCACGACUGAAGGAAGGACAGGGGAGCCGUAUGGAUUUCCUCCAGAUGAUGAUUGAAUCCCAAAAGAACAAGAACUCUGAAAAUAAUAACAAAAACUCUACAAGCAACGGACUGGCACACUCAUAUAAAGGCCUGACUGAUAAAGAAAUUUUAGCCCAGGCUUUUAUCUUCGUUUUUGCUGGAUAUGAACCCACCAGUAAUUCCCUUGGUUACAUGGCCUACAGCUUAGCCACUCACCCAGACAUUCAGAAGAAGCUUCAAGAGGAAAUAGAUACUGUCUUACCUAACAAGGCACCGCUUACCUACGAUGCCAUCAUGCAGCUGGAAUACCUUGACAUGGUGCUGAACGAAACCCAGAGAGUAUAUCCCCUCGGAGGGCGUAUUGAAAGACUCUCCAAGACGGAUGUUGAAAUCAAUGGGAUGACCAUUCCCAAAGGCACCGUAGUGAUGAUCCCACCCCUCGUUCUUCAUCGGGUCCCCGAAUACUGGCCGGAACCGGAAGAGUUCAGACCUGAGAGGUUCAGCAAAGAAAACAAAGAAAACAUCGAUCCCUACACAUACCUGCCCUUUGGAGCUGGGCCCCGGAACUGCCUCGGAAUGAGAUUUGCACUGGUCUCCAUGAAAGUUGCAAUCGCCAUCAUUAUGCAGCACUUCUCCUUUAGAGUCUGCAAAGAAACACCGAUUCCGCUGGUGAUGAGCAACCAAGCUUUCUUAGUCCCGGAGAAACCAAUCGUUCUGAAGUUAGUCCCACGAUCAGACAGUUGAGAAAGUGAGGAAUAAAGAUAAGCCAUGGCUGUAUCAUCCCUGCAGUGGAUUUUACAGUUCGGGGUUUUGUCUUCUGCAGAAGCUUGGAAGAAAACCAUUGAAAUAUUCACUAAAUAGCUUUGGAGAGAUGGACCUGUUUGCUUUAAGUGGCUCUUAUAAGGUUGAAAUCAUAACAAUGCACUUAAUAGGUGGGGGAGAUGUUAAUAUUAGUUGUUGAUGUUAAUGAUGAUGUAUAACUUGAUAUUUUGAACAUUCUUGAACUAUAAAUUAAGCCGGUGAUGAAUCCAGUUAGCAAAUCCAGACCUCACAUGUACAUGAAUUGGAUUGUUCUUAUCACCAUCAGAAUUUGGAACUUUCC